AUGGCUCUUGAAGAAUUAGUCUUAGGAACAGAUGAGGAUAAUAUGGGGGAUGGUUGCUCUCAGAAACUGGCUUCUGCCAAGUUCCUUCGACUUUUGCUCCUAAUACUGAUUCCAUGCAUCUGUGCCCUUAUCCUUUUGUUGGUGAUCCUGCUUACCUUUGUAGGGGUGUUAGAAAAAACAUGCUUUUAUUCAAAUGGAAGCGAGAUCCUCACAGUUAACGGUGACAUUGAAACAUCUGAUGUUCUUUUGCCAAACAUGGUUGAAAACAGUUCCAAGAUUGAGGCCACAAUGGAUCUCGGCACACUGCCCUCUUCCUGGACCACUGCGCCUUUAUCUCACAUUGACCAAAUAAACAAGAACACAGGUGCCUGCAUAAAUAUCACCAACAGCCAGUGCCAAAUGCUGCCAUAUAACUACACCACUAUAACUUCAGUUCUUUCUAUUGUCAAAAGUAUUGAAAUGGAAAAGUUCCUGAAGUUCUUCAGUUAUCUCAAUCGUCUCAGCUGCUAUCAACACAUCAUGCUGUUUGGCUGUAGUCUUGCUCUUCCUGAAUGCAUCAGUGACGGUGAUGACAGUCGAGGCCUCUUGCCCUGCAGGACAUUUUGUGAGGCAGCAAAAGAAGGCUGUGAACCAGUGCUGGGUAUGGUAAAUGCUUCUUGGCCAGAAUUCCUGAAGUGCUCUCAAUUCCAAAAUGAAACUGAAAAUGACACCACUACAAGGCUAUGCUUCUCACCACACCAAGAAAAAGGAAAGCAGUCACUGUGCGGAGGAGAGGAGAGUUUCUUGUGUGCCAGUGGGAUCUGCAUCCCAGGGAAACUGCAGUGUAAUGGCUACAAUGACUGUAAUGAUUGGAGUGAUGAGGUCCAUUGCAACUGCAGUCGUGAUCUAUUUCAUUGUAACACGGGAAAAUGCCUAAAUUACACCUUUGUUUGUGAUGGAUAUGAUGACUGUGGAGACCUUAGCGAUGAACAGAACUGUGAUUGUAAUCCAGUGACACAUCAUCAGUGUGGAGAUGGAAGAUGUAUAACAGCUGAUUGGGUAUGUGAUGGUGACCAUGACUGUAUAGACAAAUCAGAUGAAAUCAAUUGCUCAUGUCAUAGUCAGGGUCUGGUGGAGUGCAGAAAUGGGCAGUGCAUUCCUAGUGCAUUCCAGUGUGAUGGAGAUAAUGACUGUAAAGAUGGAAGUGAUGAAGAAAACUGCAGUGAAAGUCAAACCCUCUGUCAGGAGGGAGACCAGAGAUGUACUUCCUGUCCUGAUCCCUGUGGAACUUCUCUCUGUGAGAUGAGAAACAGCCAGACAAACUGCAGUCAGUGUGAACCAAUUACUCUGGAACUCUGUAUGAACUUGCCUUACAACUACACUUAUUACCCAAACUACCUGGGCCACAGGACACAGAAGGAAGCCUCUAUCAGCUGGGAGUCUUCUCUUUUCCCAGCCUUGGUUCAGACCAACUGCUACAAGUACCUUAUGUUUUUUGCCUGUACAAUCUUAGUACCAAAAUGCGACCCCCAUACAAAUCAGCGGAUCCCACCUUGCAGGACAUUAUGUGUACAGUCUAAGGAACGCUGUGAGUCUGUGCUUGGGAUUGUAGGUCUGCAGUGGCCAGAAGAUACUGACUGCACUCAAUUUCCAGAUGAGAACUCAGACAAUCAAACUUGUCUAACACCGGAUGAAGAUGUAGAAGAAUGCUCACCCAGUCACUUCAAGUGCCGUUCUGGGAGGUGUGUCCUGGCAUCCAGAAGAUGUGAUGGUCAAGCUGACUGUGAGGAUGAUAGUGAUGAGGACAGCUGUGGUUGUAGAGAAAGGGGUCUUUGGGAGUGCCCUUUGAAGAAGCUGUGCAUCAAACACACUAUGAUCUGUGAUGGUUUUCCAGACUGCCCUGACAUGAUGGAUGAAAAGAACUGCUCAUUUUGUGAAGAGAGUGAACUUGAAUGUGCCAACCAUGAAUGUGUGCCACGUGAGCUCUGGUGUGAUGGGCAAGCAGACUGCAGUGACAGCUCAGAUGAAUGGGACUGUGUCACCCUGUCUAAAAACAUGAGUUCCUUGACGUUCCUGACCAUUCACAGGUCAGCUGCUGAUAACCAUGUUUGUGCUGAUGAGUGGCAAGAAAAUUUAAGCCAACUGGCCUGCAAUCAGAUGGGUUUAGGAGGACCAUCCAAAACGGAAAUUGUAAUGGAGAAUGAGGAAAUGCAGCAUCAAAAGUGGAUGAAUCUGCACUCAGACUGGAAGAAUAAAAAUGCAUCCACUUUACAUGCACUUCUAGUGAAUGGACAGAUGUGUCGAAGCAGAAGCAAAGUGGCUCUCCUUUGCACUAAAGAAGACUGCGGCCGUCGCCCAGCUGCUCGCAUGAACAAGAGGAUCCUUGGUGGUAGGACCAGUCGCCCAGGCCGAUGGCCAUGGCAGUGCUCCCUGCAGAGUGAGCCAAGUGGACACAUAUGUGGCUGUGUUUUGAUUGCGAAGAGAUGGGUCUUGACAGUAGCACACUGCUUUGAAGGGAGAGAAAAUGCAGCUGUUUGGCAAGUAGUGUUUGGGAUUAGCAAUCUUGAUCAUCCAUCAGGUUUCAUGCAGACCCGAUUAGUGAAGACAAUUAUCCUUCAUCCACGCUACAACAGAGCAGUUGUAGACUAUGAUAUCAGCAUUGUGGAACUAGACAAGGAUAUCAACGAGACAAGCUAUGUAAGACCUGUCUGUUUGCCCAGCAAGGACCAGUUAGUUCGGCCAGAUACCUACUGCUACAUCACAGGCUGGGGACACAUGGGCAACAAAAUGCCUUUCAAGCUUCAAGAAGGAGAGGUUCGCAUCAUUCCUUUAGAACAAUGCCAGUCAUACUUUGACAUGAAAACCAUCACCAGCAGGAUGCUGUGUGCUGGCUAUGAGUCUGGCACUGUGGACUCUUGCAUGGGUGACAGUGGAGGACCGCUUGUGUGUGAGCAACCUGCAGGACGCUGGACUUUGUUUGGUUUAACAUCUUGGGGCUCUGUCUGCUUUUCCAAGGUUUUGGGACCUGGAGUUUACAGUAAUGUGUCACAUUUUAUUGAGUGGAUUGAAAGACAAAUAUACAUCCACACCUUUCUGCUAAACUAA